AUGAUGCGCGCUGCGAGAUACUACGGCAAGGAGGAUAUCAGGAUCGAGCAGAUCCCUGAGGCCCCCACCGGCCCUCACCAAAUCAAAAUCACACCCGCCUACGUCGGCAUCUGCGGCACCGACCUGCACGAAUAUCUCGGCGGGCCAACCUUUGCCCCCACCGAACCGCACCCGGUGACGCACGACACCAUCCCCAUCACCUUCGGCCACGAGUUCUCGGGCGUGAUCCGCGAGAUCGGCGACCAGGUGCCGCAGGGCCAGUUCCGCGUGGGCCAGAAGGUCGCCAUCCAGCCGACCGUCUACUGCGAGGCCUGCGGCGCCUGCCGCAACGGUGCUGAGAACGCCUGCCACAACGGCGGCUUCAUCGGCCUGUCGGGCGGCGGCGGCGGGCUCAGUGACGCCGUCGUCGUGCCUGCCCGCGCCGUCCUGCCCCUGCCCGACAACGUCCCGCUCGACAUCGGCGCCCUCGUCGAGCCGCUGAGCGUCGCCUGGCACGCCACCGAGGCUGCGAAUGGGUCCUUGACUGAAGAUAGCGCUGUGCUGGUGCUCGGUGGCGGCCCCAUCGGACUGGCAGUGGUGCAGUGCUUGGCCGCGAAGAACGUGAAGAAGAUCAUCAUGAGCGAGGUUGCCGCCCAGAGGCAGAAGUUUGCCAGGGAGUUUGGCGCCCAUCACGUUUUGGAUCCGAAGACGUAUGACUUGGUGGCCGUGAGUAGGCAGCUGAGCGGCGGUGAUGGUCCCGAUGUAGUCUUUGACUGCGCCGGCGUGCCUGCAAGCCUCAAUACCGCCUGCUUGGCCGUCAAAUCUCGCGGGAAGGUUGUGAAUGUUGCCAUAUGGGAGAAGGAGGUUCCAUUCCAGCCCAACAUGCUCACCUUCAAGGAAGCGACCUACACAUCUGUGCUCGGAUACCAGCGGAAAGACUUCGAAGCUGUCAUUGAGAACCUGGCGAACGGCCACUUGAAGCCUCAGCGCAUGAUAACAGGACGCAUUCAACUCGAAGAACUCAUCGAGAAGGGCUUCAUGCCGCUCAUUCACGAGAAGGAGAAGAAUGUGAAGAUCCUCGUAGAGAUGGCCCCGCAACUGGAGAAGGUUGAUUCGCAGACUGCCUGA